AUGUCUGAAGGUCUCCAAAGAUGCCUAAGAUGGGAGCUCACCCCUCUCCAUGGGGUCUGUGCUCACCUUGUGGAGCAUUUUGCACAGCCCCUGAGCAACAAGCUCCUGCAUGUAAGCAGCAAGCUCCAGCCUGGAGGUGAUUGUGCCCCUGUACUCAGCACUGGUGAGGCCACACCUUGAGUAUUGUGUCCAGUUUUGGGCACUCAAUACAAGAGAGAUAUCGAGGUGCUGGAGCGAGUGCAGAGGAGGGCAACGAAGCUGGUGAAGGGCCUGGAAAACAAAUCGUAUGAGGAGCGGCUGAGGGAGCUAGGACUGUUUAGUAUGAGGAAGAGGAGGCUGAGGGGAGACCUUAUCACUCUCUACAACUACGUGAAAGGACACUGUAGAGAGGUUGGGGCUAGUCUCUUCUCACAGGUAAUUAGUGACAGAUCAAGAGGGAAUGGCUUCAAGCUCCAACAGGGUAGGUUUAGACUGAACAUUAGGAAAGAAUUUUUCACCGAAAGAGUGAUAGGGCAUUGGAACAGGCUGCCCAGGGAGGGGGUGGAGUCACCAUCCCUGGCUGUGUUUAAGGGCCGUUUAGAUGCAGUGCUAAGGGACAUGGUGUAG